UAUGGAGAAACUAAGUACAAAUUAUCCUCUCAAACAAAAUAAACUAAGUAAUCUAAUAAAACUGAUUGAUAGUAAGUUAAUAACAAGAGGAAGUUUUAUAUAACUGUAUAUCUAAAGAUGAACAAUUGCAUUAGUAAAGCAAACUGAUGUCACUUUGCAAUGAACAAACACGAGAAGAGAUGGAAGCUCUACAAGCUAUUGUCACGUGAAGGGGUCUGUAACUUCAGAGGAAGCAGAUCUCUCAUAAGGAGGAGAAUAUAAAUUGGUGGCUGUGUUGACUGACCUGUGAGCUGAAACGGUAGGGCUUCCGUGCUGAGGUAGUACCUGCCCUCCAUUUCCUAGCCAAGGGAGUGGGGUUCAGAAGGAGCUAUCCAGACCUGCAGGGACUGUUCAGAGAUGCAGCUGCUGAGGAGCUGUCCAGCAUUUCAGCAUCACAGCACUUCACUCCUGUUUCUCAGCUUGCUGUUGAGCCUCCAGAGCACAGUGACUGCAAAAGGAUGCGCAAAAGCAGGGCACAGUCUUGGUUAGAAAGGAGAUCUGUACAGUCAGAGUGCUCCAAAGUGGAAAGAGAAAAAGGAAGCAUGAUGCAAAAACUAUUUAACUGAAAGACUGCUUUACUGGUUUCAGUAAAUAGAAAAGAAAGUGCUAGGAGAGGCAAUUUACCUGAAAAUUAGUUGAAUCAAGCAGCUUCAAGAAAUAAGAACCUGAAGGAAAUCUCUGAUGCAAUGUAUUUCAAAUAGACUGAUCUCACUCAUAAGGUUUUGUAAAAGGACUGCAUCUAGUAAUCUCAUCUAAGCUAAACAAUAUUUAACAGAGGAGACUGAAAUUUGUCACUGCAGACAAUGGAUAAUUUUUCCUCCCAGCCCAACUUCAAUGCUUCCUGUACUGAUGUGGAUUUUGGUUGCUAUGGGUCAGAACAACAUGGGCACAACAUGACAGCUCCACAGCUGAUUCCUAAGUUCUACAUUGCCGUACCCAUCAUCUACUCUGUGAUCUGUGCUGUCGGGCUUACUGGAAACUCUGCAGUCAUUUAUGUCAUCCUAAAAGCUCCCAAAAUGAAGACCGUCACCAACAUUUUCAUUCUGAACCUGGCAAUUGCUGAUGAGCUCUUCACGUUGGUACUUCCUAUCAACAUAGCAGACUACCUGCUGCUUCAGUGGCCUUUUGGUGAAUUCAUGUGCAAGCUGAUCAUCUCCAUCGACCAGUACAACACUUUCUCAAGCAUUUAUUUUCUAACCGUCAUGAGCAUCGACCGAUACCUGGUGGUGGUUGCCACCAUCAAAUCCAAGAAAAUGUGCUAUCGCACCUACAGGGCUGCCAAGACAGUGAGUCUCUGUGUCUGGGUUUUUGUCACCAUCAUCAUAUUGCCGUUCAGUAUCUUUGCCAAGAUACACACUGAAGAGGGACGAUCCCAGUGUGUCUUUGUCUUUCCCAGCCCAGAGGGCUUCUGGUGGAAAGUGAGCCGCCUCUACACCCUUAUCUUGGGUUUUGCCAUCCCCGUGUCCACCAUCUGCAUCCUGUACAGCACCAUGCUCUUCAAGCUGAGGCGUAUGCGGCUCCACAGCAAUGCUAAAGCUUUGGACAAAGCGAAAAAGAAAGUGACAAUCAUGGUGCUGAUCAUACUGGGCGUUUGCCUCUUCUGUUGGACCCCUUAUCACCUGAGCACUGUGGUCGCCCUCACCACAGACAUCCCACAAACCCCUCUGAUAAUUGGAAUCUCCUAUUUCAUCACCACCCUGAGCUAUGCUAACAGUUGCCUCAACCCGUUCCUUUACGCCUUUUUAGAUGAUACUUUCCGGAAGAGUUUCCGAAAGUUGGUUGAAUGUGGAACUCCCUCCUAAGAUUCCGGAUCUUUUUCUAGCCUCUUUUAAAGUAAGCUUAAUGAAGAAACUUCACGAAGCAUGAUUGGAAGGGACUAGCUCUGGUCAUAGAACCAGAUCCAAAAUGUUGUAAAACUGAAAAUUCAGGAAUUGGCUCGUCCUCUUCUUCAAGCUGUGUCCCCGUAUCCCUGCCAGGAUGAAGAAGCUUGCUGCAUCACCACAUUACAUCCUCCGGGGCACUUUUUUCUUGUUCUUUCUUUUUUUGGCACUACAUCUAUUCAUUGUGGAUUCUCCUCCUAUUGGUAUGGAAUGCAACAUAAUUCCUUGGAAUGUAAAAAAAGAAAGAAAGAAGAAGAUUUAAUAUUCAGCAGACCUAAUAUACAGAACAGUACUAAUUGAAACAUGGAGUUUUUUCAAGCCAAAUAAAGGUGUGCAGAGUGCCUUUGCUUAAUGAAUCUGAAUCCUGCUAGUUUGAUACCUGUAUUAUAUUUAUCUUGCUGUAUUACCUUACUCCAUCAUAUUUUAUUACAUAUUAAUUCU